UUUGUAAUUUUGGGUAAAAUGGCAGCCAAAUACCAGAAGAGGUACACAUCCGGCAUUGCAUGCUCUUUGAGUUUCGCAAGGGAAAUAACGCAACAGUUGCUACUAAAAACAUUUGCGAUGUUUAUCCAAAUGCACUGGACAUUCGUAAAUGCCAAAGGUGGUUUUCCAAGUUCAAAUCGGGUAAUUUUGAUCUUUCCGACUCGUAUCGAUCAGGAAGACCAUCAGCGUUAGACAACGACGUGUUAAGGGCGGAAGUGGAAGCAAAUCCGUGUCAGACGAUCGAGGAAUUGUCGAACAGUCUCAACCAACCUUGGUCGACCAUCCAAGAACAUUUGAAGCAGAUUGGGAAAGUAAGCAGAGCAGGUGUUUGGGUCCCGCAUAAUCUGUCCGAACAGAAUAAGGCUAACCGAUCAAUCACAUGCAACUUAUUGCUUCAACGACACAACACAGAAGCGUUUUUUGAUCGCUUGAUCACAGGAGAUGAGAAAUGGGUCCUGUAUGAUAACCCAAAACGCAAAAGGCAGUGGCUCUCUCCAAAAGAAAACCCUCGAAGUACUGCUAAGCCAGGUUUACACCCCAAAAAAGCGCUUUUGUGUGUUUGGUGGAGUAUUCGCGGCAUUGUUCAUUUUGAAUUACUGAAACCUGGACAAACUGUUACUGCAGACCUCUACAGAGAACAAUUGCAGCGAGUAAAUCAAUCUUUAAUUGAAAAGUGGGCAGCAAUUGUCAACCGAAAAGGCGUCAUUCUCCAACGUGACGAUGCAAGACCGCACUGCGCAAAGCGAACUCUAGAAAAAAUUAAUGAAUUGGGGUGGGAGGUGCUGCCUCAUCCACCAUAUUCGCCCGAUGUUGCACCAUCGGAUUUCCACUUAUUCCGAGCGCUGCAACACUUUUUAAGUGGCAAAACAUUUGCAAAUUUGGAUGACAUCCAAAAUGCCAUCUCUAGAUAUUUUGCCGAAAAACCAAUUAAUUUUUAUCGAUCAGGGAUUAAAAAUUUACUCACUGGAUGGCAAAAGGUUAUUGACAAUGAUGGGGAAUACAUCAUUGAUUAA